AUGUCUGCGUUUGCAUCUGCAGUUUCAACGCAUCAUCAUCAUCGCGUGAUGGCGGCACGGACGAAGAUACCUCGCGGUAUUCGCAGUUCCGCCGCGCACAGCAACGUUAAUGCCAAUCCCUCAAAUUCGAAGGUUGUUUCGAUUGGUUUCCUCCGCCGUCAGAAACACAACAAUCAACUUUUCUUCUCGACACCAUCAUCAUCCACUUUGGGGGUACCAUCCUCUUUCAAAUCUUCGACUAAGACAACGAGAACGGUGAUGAUGCCGAAAGCUUCCACCACGGAACAAGAGCAAGCAGGUGAAACGUUCGAGUACCAGGCGGAAGUCAAUCGACUGAUGGAUUUGAUUGUCAACUCUUUAUAUUCCAAUAAAGACGUCUUUCUGCGAGAACUCAUUUCUAACGCCUCAGACGCGUGCGAUAAACUUCGAUUCCGGUCGGUUCAAGAACCGGAAAUUUUGAAUGGACAAUCUGUCACUGAUUUGUCCAUCAAAGUUAGAGGUCAAGAGAGCGAUAAAACGCUCACGAUUGAGGAUAAUGGUAUUGGCAUGUCCAAGGACGAGUUAGUCGCCAAUUUGGGUACGAUUGCAAACUCCGGGACGUCCAAGGUGAUGGAAAUGUUGAAGCAACAAAACGAAGCCGCGAGUGGAGAAAACUUGAUUGGUAAGUUUGGCGUUGGUUUUUAUUCGUCGUUUUUAGUCGCGGACACCGUGAAAGUGACGUCCAAGUCGAACGACGACGGGAAAGCGUGGACUUGGGAGUCUAAAAUCGACUCAACCUCGUACACCAUUCGUGAGGCAUCCGAAAGCGAAGCGAAGGAUUUAGUACGCGGUACGAGAAUCACUUUGAAGUUGAAAGACGAGUGCGAGGAGUAUGCCACGGAUAAAAAACUCUCCUCGCUCGUAAAAACAUACUCUGAGUUCAUCACGUUUCCAAUCGAAGUCUUCUCGACGAUUCAAAAAUCGAAACAAGUCGAAGAUAUCGAGGCGACCAAGGCGAAGAAAGAAGAGUGGGAAAAGAAAAAAAUAGAAGCCGAAGCGAAAGGAGAGGAGUUCACCGAACCGGAACCAGAAAAGGUCAUGAAAGAAGAGAUGUACGAUGAACAAGAUUGGAAGACGCAAAAUAACGACAAACCAAUUUGGACGUUAGCGCCGAAAGACGUCUCGGACGAUCAAUACAACGAGUUUUUCAAGACGACGUUCAAGGAGUUUUUGGAUCCGUUGGCGGUGUCGCAUUUCAAAGUCGAAGGCGAGAUGGAAUUCAAAUCAAUUUUGUACGUUCCAGGCAUGGCGCCGUUUGAGCAGCAAGAUAUGAUGCAAAAAUCAAAAUCGAUUAAGCUUUUCGUUCGAAAGGUGUUCAUCUCGGACGAGUUUGACGAAUCCUUGUUGCCGCGAUACAUGACGUUCAUCCGAGGUAUCGUUGAUUCCAACGAUUUACCCUUGAACGUUUCGAGAGAAAUCUUGCAAGAAUCGAAAGUCGUUCGCGUCAUCCGACGACGCUUAGUCUCUAAAACUUUGGGGAUGCUCAACGAAAUUUCCAAGCGCGAAAACGAGGAUUACAAAACGUUUUGGGAAGGCUUUGGAAGACAGCUCAAAUUGGGCGUCAUUGAAGACGUCGCAAACAGAAAAGAACUCGCCGGUUUACUUCGUUUUACGACGAGCAAAUCUGCUAGCGACCAAGAAAGCAACCGAUCUUUAUCUGAUUACAUCGCAGAUAUGCCGGAAGCGCAAAAAGCCAUCUAUUUCGUCGCCGGUGACACGAGAAAGCAAUGCGAAAACUCCCCGUUUAUGGAAAAGUUGAACAAGUUGGGAUACGAAGUUUUAUAUUGCACCGAUCCUAUCGAUGAGGUCUCCAUGGCAAACUUAGCAACCUUCGAAGAGAAGGAAAUCAAGGAUAUCUCUAAAGAAGACCUAGAUUUAGGCGACGAGGACGACGAGGAGCAAAAGAAGAAGAACGAACAAAUCGCAGAUGAGUUCAAAACAGUCACCGAGUGGUUGAAGAAGGAGUUGGUCGGCGAAGUUGAAAAAGUGGAAGUCUCCUCGAGAUUGACGGAGACGCCGUGCAUUCUCGUAACGUCCAAAUUCGGCUGGUCGGCGAACAUGGAGAGAAUUAUGAAAGCCCAAGCCAUGGGUGACGCGAGGGCGCAAGACUACAUGAAGGGCAAGAAAACGCUCGAGAUUAACCCGUUUUCGCCGGUGAUUAAACAGUUGAAGAUGAGAGUUGAAAGCGCGCCAGACGCGGAGGAAACGAAGGAGAUGUGUAAGUUACUCUUUGAUACCGCCUUAUUAACGAGUGGUUUCUCCAUCGACCAGCCGGCUGAGUUUGCCGAGAGAGUUUUCAAGCUCAUGACGCAAGAAGCAAACUUAGAGUCUGAGAAGAAAAGCGCUUCGAUCGACCCUGAAGUCGUUUAA